UUAUUCUUUCGAAUUUGUAGCAACUUUUACUUUUGUACUAUUUAGCGCAUCAGGUUUAGAAAUAAAGGAUUUGUCAUGGAUGAUGCGGAACUUACAAGGUUAGCGAUAGCUGAAAUAGUGCGCGAAAUGGGUGAAAUAAAAGAGCCCGCUGUACAGGAGCGUAAGAUAAAUCCGAUAGCAAAGCCAAACAAGCGAUUCCUUGGACGUACGCUGAAUUCAGUGUUGUCACAUAACAAACGUAAAAAUGACAGAACUCAGGAGAAUUGCAGAAGAAAGUUAAAAGAACUCGAUGAGAGGCGAGAAAAAAUUAACAGAUUGAAUUCUAGAAGUCGAUCUGGCAGUUGGGAGCUUGUAUUGAGUAGCUCCUCAGACGAACACGAUUCCAAGGAAGUAAGGAAACGAAAACAACACGAGAGGAGACUUAGAAACAAUAAGCACAAAAAAGUUAAAAAGAGGAAACAUAAAAGUAAGAAAAAAAGACGAGUCAGAAGCAGCAGUAGUAGCAGCAGUGAAGAGAGUAGUAGCGAAAGCAGCUCUACUACAAGCAGCAGCAGCUGCCGAAAUAAGAAAAGUAAAUUACGGAAGAAAUCUAAAUCUAAAAAGCGCAAGAUUCUGCAACCAGAAAUGAAUACAAAUGAAUUUGUUACAGAAGAGGUCUACUAUGAACCAGAUAUAAAUGCUGCUAUGGAAUUUGGUGCUGCCAUGGAACUUGAUGCUGCCAUAAUGGCCAAUAAUUACCGGCAUCAUCAAAUGCAACAAAUGUUAUAUUAUAACGCUUUGAUGGCUGGUCAUGAAACCACCGAAAUCGAGGCCUUAAAAGAGGAAUUGCAUAUAAGUGACACCGAAGUAACUGAAACCCAAAAAGAAAAGGCGUCUAUUUGUAGUGCGGUGUCAUCAUUAAACCUUAAUGAAAGUGAUUCCGACGGUAGUGAAUUGCUGCAGAUUAGCCUAUCAUCCGCCACAUCCAGUGGCAGUGAAACUAAAGGUGACAAAAGUAUAAAAAACAAGAAAGUGAAAAGAAAAGAUCCGGAGGAGCGAGUACCUAGUGAUAGUUCGGAUGCAGUUAUAUGGGAAUUAGACUCGGAUAGUUCAAUUUGUAAUAAAAUGUCAGAUAUAAAAGGAGGCUCAGAAAAGCGAACAGAAAAUGACGAUUGUAUUUGUAUAAUAUCCGAAUCUGAGACAAGCACAGAUGAUGACAGUGAGUCGGAAAGUUCAACUAACGAAGAAGAUUCCGCAAGUGCAAAUGUUACAAAAGCACCUAACAAUGUUUGUCACGCUGAAGCGGAAACUGUUACACUACUUAGCUCGUCUGAUAGUGAGGUCGAAAUUAUAAAUAUGAAUGGCGAUGAUGAGUCUGCACAACAAUUAACCGACUCAGUUAUGGCAGUAACAACACCUCAGCUGACAGAUUCAACGCUCGCAUCAGUGCAACAAAUGGAUUUAGUGUUACCUGUAACUGAGACUAAUUCAAUUUCAUUGCCAAAGGACAGUCUUUCAACAGUUAUAGACGAUUUGGUUGUUACAGUGCCUGAUAAGACUUCAAACUUGUCAGUUGAAGUAGAUUCAUUGCUAACUGCUACUGAAUGUUCAUUUCCGCCAAUAAAAUUAGAUGAAGCGGGACGUGAAAUGCCAAUAUGUCCAGUACAAGAACAACAAGCUUCAAUUAAGGAAACUGAUAAACUGGAAGCCAAUAACGGUACAUCACUCAUUUUUAUUGCACCCGGAAGCGCUAUUACUGAAGCACUAGGUGAAAGAAAUUCAAGCGACGUGACAACUACUAGUACAGAUGUUGAGACAGCGGUAUUGAAAUUGAAAAUUGAUUCACUGGGGGCCGGCGAGAGUAAAUCACUAACAUUAACAGCAUCCAAACACCCUAUUACCGAGGCACAGUGUAUAUCUAAUUCAAGUGACAUGACAACUGCUGAUACAGAUGUUGGACCAAUGGCAUUGAAAUUGAAUAUAGAUUCACUGAAAGCUAGCAACAGUACACCACCCACAUUUGUAGUACCUACAUAUCCAAUUAUGGAAGUACGGUGUGAAACGAAUUCAAGUGGUAUGUCUACUGAAUGUACAAACGUUGAGGCAUUAGAAGCCCUAUCGGAAACUGAAUUGAGCAAUAAGGUUGUUAAUGUGCUAUUAAAAGAGUCAGUUGACGAAAUAUCAACAAAUGCAUCAGCCUCAUCACCAACUGAUCCGUCAGUAAGUCCAACGCCUACAUUAUCAGCGCUAAUACCUCAAAGUACAAUAGAUAAUACAGAAGUGGAUUUAGUUUUAAUUCAAAAUCAGUCGGAAAUGACUGAGUCCGAGUCAGUAGAUGAGCAAAUGUCUUCAUAGUACUUUUAGGCUCCCCAGUUUCUGAACAACAUACAUAUGUAAAACAGAAAAUAAUUAAUUUCCUUUUGUGUCUCAAAUGAUUUUUAACAAGUUUUCUUGUG